AUGAAUGCUUGUAUCGCGGUUAGCAAGUGGCAAGAUGAUAGCCCCAUGAUAAGACCAGCACAGAGAAGAAUCAACAUCAAAAAACCACCUAAACGCUGUUUCACUUCGCUACACAUGGUGAUCCAUGCCUUUCCAUGGGAUGCAUCCACAUCCGUAGCGAAUCUCACGGAAAGUCAAAUACGUCAGCUAUGUGCGUUGAUGGGAGAAAGUACUACAUCAACCACCGAGGUGCUGACGAAUUCAACGGCCAAUAAUGGUGAUUUUCUCACAAAUGCUUCUGUCACCAUCACCAGUGGUUUAUUGGGACAAAGACCAUCCUCAUAUAUGGUAUGGGGCAUUGGACUCACAUUUGUCACUAUAAUCAACAUGUGCGCUGUGGUAGGAAUUGGGGUAAUGCGAUUUCUUACUAAGGAUGCAUAUAAUCAGAUUAUCACACUUUUCGUUGGACUGGGUGUCGGUUCACUGUCAGGUUCAAGUUUUUACCAUUUGCUACCGCAGGCACAUCCAUCUCUCAUGGAGGAAACUGAUGAACAUGGGCGUUUGACACAUUCUUACCUUCAUAUGGCACAUUUUUCGCUACUAGGAGUAUAUUUAUUCUUCAUGUGCGACAAAGUCAUCAAAAUUGUGUUGGAAAUGAGAAAGAGAAAUCGCUCCCAGAUUGUCACUGUGCAAGUGACAGACAAGGAUGGACUUUCGAGUCGAAGCGAUUCAGCUCUUGUCGAUAAGUCAGAUCAUGAAAAUGAAACCGCUAAAAGAUGCGAGACUGCUGAGAUGGAGUUGAUAAAACUAGAAACAAAUGCUGGAAAAUCGAUGGGUGACCAGUGUUUUUGCGCCCGACGUCAUUGCAAGCUGCCUUCAAUACGGAUUUUCGGCUCACUUUUUGCGUGUGGAAAGCACCGUGAAUUUGGCGAAGAGAAUGCGAAGCAUCGAAGUUCUGCCCAUGGAAUAUGCGUGCACGAUCAUUCCGUCGAGUUUCGCGCGGGUGAUUCUGCAAUUGCUGCCGUGGCUUGGAUGAUCAUUUUUGGUGACGGUUUUCAUAAUUUUAUCGACGGCAUCUCGAUUGGUGCCUCAUUUGCGGAAUCGCUGCAUGCUGGCUUAUCUGUAUCGCUUGCGGUCCUUGCGGAAGAGUUUCCUCAUGAGCUUGGAGAUGUUGCAAUCCUUGUGGCUUCCGGUAUGACACUACGUCAAGCUCUUCUUUACAAUCUACUGAGCGCUAUCACGUGUUAUGUUGGAUUUUUCAUCGGUGUUGGUAUCGGUGAACUCGGCCCAGAUAUCUCCAAGUAUGCUUUUGCUCUUGCCGGAGGAAUGUUUCUAUACAUCUCACUUGGAUGCAUGAUGCCUGAAAUGAAAAAAGCUGUGGAAGAUGCGUUGAACAUAUCCAUGAAGCGUGGCCUUUACGUCCUCUUCCUCCAGUCUGUCGGUUUAUUCAUAGGUCUAUUCUUGAUGUACUUUAUGGCAAGGUACGGCGACGAGAUCUCAGUAUAGUAUACGCACUGCACUGACAGUGCGAAGAAGUGACCUCAUCAUUUGUUGUUCCGUAGAUUGUGUUUCGUUUUUAGGACUUCGUAUCUGCUCAUUUAUAGCAUUUUUUUUGGACUUUCAUAUUCUUUCAAGUCCUUGCAUAAUUUUGUUUGACAAAGGAUCUAGUUGCAUAAUUUUUUUCAUAUUGAAAAUGACUGAUGAGUGUAUUGAAAUGAUCUGGAACUGUUCGUUCCCUAAAUUACCAUCUUGAUCAUUGAGUUCAUAAUUUCUUUCUAGUUUAUUCCCGGUUAUCAGAUCUUAUAGUCAAAGUAAUAAGGUGGCGGUGACGUUCCUCACAAGUUGUAUCGUUGUAAGAUGACUGUCUCAUCUUGAGAUGUCUCAUAAUAAAUAGGUAUGUUGAUGAACAAUGUUAUUCCGUUUUUAGUUUGGUAUGUUGUGUAGCAGUGUAGUUUUGUUAAGAUAUGUGCAAUGAAUAUGAGGUUC